AUGGAUCUGCAGCGUCGCUUCAUUCAGAGAUCUUGUGAUGACAGAUCUUUCGGCAACAACGUCUUCCCGCGCAUUGUGACACAGUAUGAUUAUAACAAGCUCGCACGACACAUGAACCCGGAGCUGCAAGAAGUGAUCGAAAGGGCUGAAUUGGAAAUUAAGAUGCCGAAGCUGAUCACGCGGCAAUGGCAACACUGGGAUUUUCCAGACAAAGCAAUCUAUAUAACAACCAAGCAAUAUGCGAACUAUGUUGGAAACGAAAAAACUGCUGAGUUUUUGAGCAGGAAGGUUAUCGCAGAGAUCUUCCCCUUCAAACUUGGGCUCAGCGAUGCAGCAGUCAAGAAACUCAUAGAGAUGGCGGGACCACGUUACAAUCCGAAGAAAAAGAUGAUCAAGAUCACGGCGACUGAACGACCCAACCGCGAGAUGAACACUGAGAGGAUCAAGUGGCAGGUAUCACAAUUGAUCCACCAAAGCCGUGUCCUUGUCGGCGAAGUGAAUUGA